CUGUAUUUAAAUCCGUUAUAUUAUAUAUCAAUGCUAAAUGAUGCCAUGAUAUUCAUAUAAGCUCAAGCGUAUUAUUUUUACCGCUAUGCAAGAUAACCCCGCAUAAAACUCUCAUAAGCCGUAGACAAUUAGCCAUCAAGAUCACAGAUAAUUCAAUCAUAGGUAUUUAUGCCAAUGACAAGCUCAACCUAGUCUAUAUCACUCAGGAGCUUACUUGCCAUAGAUUCACGUCCGUUCCAUCAAUUCUUAGCGAAGUUCUCUUCCUCUAACUAGUUAGGUCUGAUCGGAUGAGCUUAGUCAGCUUUCUCUAUCCUUUGACGACACCAACUAUUUCCGGAAUAAUGCCGGCUCUUGAGGGACAGUAAUGAAAGAAGGCCCGAAGCAUUGACCUUAUAGAUAUGGUGAUCUGACAAGCAGCGUUUGAUUCAUGGUUUCGGCCUCUAUGCAUUCCUCGUUGUAGAAUGCCUCCCGAGAGAACCCCCAAGCGAGUACGUCAAGCAUGUGAACCAUGUCGGCGUAAGAAGAAUAAGUGCCCAGGAGAACAGCCAGUAUGUUCGCACUGUGCGCGUUUACGACAGGAGUGCGUCUAUGCUGGACAAUCACGAGAUUCAGUUGGCAACCGGAAUAGUUCGGCGGAGAGGACCCCAGUAAGAGCCAUAGCAGCUCCAUAUUCUUCUCGGAAAUGGGUGCGUACUCUUUCUGUUGGGGUUGCCCCUUCUGAAUCGUUCAUGCAAUUGAUUGUAUUAUCUGGAAAGGAGGAACGCUUUGCCGACUUGGAAGCAAAGGUUACGCGAGUCCUUGAGUCAUUAGGUCAUCACAAUGGGGCUGAUAACCGCUCCGCUUCUAGACAUCCAGGGAGAGAGGUGUCUCAGACACCAACAGAACCUACCAUCAACAUACCAGCAGUCGGUCUACCUCUUUCUCAAGAAAAGCUAGAAUCACUGGGGGAAUUAUAUCUUUUAUACUGUGACUGUCAGCCCCUCCCGCUGUUCCACAGAGCCAGCUUUAUGAGAACCCUUGGCAGCAGGGAUCCUGAAGUCAUCUAUGCUAUACUUGCUCUCACAAUCCGAUUUUCAGACGAAACUUUUUCAGCGGAUAGGGAUUUCUCUACUCUCGCUAACAAAUAUGCCGAAAUGGCACGCACGCUUGUCAUGGAGAGAGUAUCAGAAGGCCCAGUUGAACUUUCAACACUACAGUGCCUGUGUCUCUUGAGUCUUGUGGAUUUCACCAAUGGAAAUACACAUCGGUCCAGCAUACAUGGCAGCCUUGCGAUGAACUUAGCGCAAUGUGCCAAUCUCGGUUCUGAGAGGCAUAUGUUUGUCACUGAUGUGGCUCGGGAAGAACGCCGCCGCUGCUUUUGGAGUAUCUGCCUGCUGAAGCGUCUUCAUGGCGAAGGAUUCAGCAUCCUCGAUCUAAGCGAAAACUCACCUCCUUUCCCGGAAAGCACAGGCAAACCUCCAGCAGCUCAUCUUGGCGAAAGGGGUGUUGUUCAGGUCAAUCAAGCCAACAACAGUAUGAAAGACGAAGGGAUCGUCGGCUAUGUGAUCAUUCUCAGUGAGGUAUUCUCGAAAACAGCGAGAUAUGUAAGGCAUCGUGGCAGACCGAGCCAUAUACCUCCUUGGUCUCCGCAGUCCGAAUAUUCUAAAAUUAUCGCUCUUCAAAUGGAAGUGGAGACUCGAAUGCCCUCUACACAUCGUUUUAAGACCGCCAAUCUCGCAGACAGAUCUCUCGAUGAACUCCAAUCGAACAGAGAUUACUGGGGUCCGUGGUUUCUGAACCAGUUUAUGUAUCACACUAUCUUAUGCCUGCUCAAUCAUCCGCUUCUGUUGUCAUUAAGCCUCCGUAACUACCGGAGCUCCAUACCGGAAAUCUUCCUGCAGCAUACAUCUGACCUGAUAUACUCUCAUACCAACUGGAUUAUUCAUUUCAUCAAUUUCUUUGUCGAAAAGUCGUUCAGAGUCUCCGAUCCUUUUCUCGGUUACAGUGCUGCGGUUGUGGCCACCAUUGAGCUACAGUUAAGUUUCACGGAAGACCAGGAAGUUAGAAAAGGGAAGCAGGAUCGAUUUUGGAAGUGUGUCUAUUUUGUCAGGGGAUUUGGGGAGCAGUGGCCGCAUAUGGCACAGUUGGCAGAGAGAUUGGAGAAGUUAGAAGACGCCAUAUCGACUUCAUAUCAGUCAGACACCGCUGGAAACAAAGGCUUGUUGAUUGACCUUUCGAGAAUCUGGGAGAUCCUUGAAUAUCCACCUAGCACUUCGCCAGAAUCUGCUAAACGCCUUUUCGGAGAGAGUCUCUAUUGCGAUCCCCAUAUUUCCAGAGGCGAGGUAUCAAAUGCGUCACCAUUGCCUGAACCUACCCGCCUGAGCUCACCACGAAUGACCACACACGCAAUGCCGCAGGGUCACAACUACAUUUCGAGUCCGCCUAUAGUUACUAACUAUCAGGGAGGGCUCCCAAGCUCGCAAAAUCUUCUACCACCCGUCCACGACGAGUUCUCCAUACUGGCUGAGAACUUCUUUUCACAGGGACAGGAUUUCCUUCGUGGCGUUGACGAUUGGCCGAACAUAGGUAAUUUUUAAAUUAUCUGUAUUUGUGGGUUUGCAACUAUUUCUACUAGCUUGAUCAUGCCCGAAAAAAU